GCAGGCUCGAGGGGCCUGACCCUGCAUCUUCCCCCCCUCCAGCCACGCACGCGGUCAACGGGAACCCCAUGUGCCCACCGUUCCCCGCCGAGAUGCAGGUGGCGAUUUUCGGCAUGGGGUGCUUCUGGGGAGUCGAGCGGCUCUUUUGGAAGAUACCCGGCGUCUUCUCCACCCAGGUGGGCUACGCGGGAGGCUUCACCCCCAACCCCACCUACGAAGAGGUCCGCUCAGGUAGCUUCUCUCCUCCCGCGCAGCGAUGGGGACCCCCGAGCCCCCGGCACACCCCGGGGCAGGGAGAUCGCCCUGUCUGGACAUUUCAGGGUGCAGGGGCAGAGGCCCCUGGAGUUUGUCGCAAGGCCGAGCAGGAUUUUGCAACGGGUGGAGGCGAGCGGGGAGGCCAGUGCGGGUGUAAGGCCGGCUCCUGCGGCCCCUGCCUUGCGCUGAUCCGCUUGGAGCUGGACCUGGGCAAGUGGCGGCGGGGGGCCAUCCCCACGGCCGUCGAGCCGGCCGGCGACUUCUUCUACGCCGAGGACUGCCACCAGCAGUACCUGCACAAGGUGCCCGGAGGCUCCUGCAGCCUCAAGGGCACUGGCGUCGCCUGCCCCACGGUCCCGUGAGGCCACCGGGGGCCCGUGCCGGAGCCCUCGGCCCCACUCCUCCUUGCCUUCCUCUUCCUCGCUCCCUCUCUCCGGGGAUGGAGGAGGGCUCCUGUGGGCACUACCAUGGCCUGUGGCCACCUCUGCAUCCCUGGGGAAGCUGGUGCUGGCUCGUCCCCUCUGUUGUGCUGCUCUGCUUCACCCCAACCCAAUUAAAGCUG